AAAUAGAAGAUUUGAAUGGGAAAUAAAUACAGAAACGGACAAGUAUGGCAUGUUACAUGUUCUUCUCUCACUUGCUGCAUGUCCAUCUUCAAUUAAAUAUCAAUAAAUUCAAUUUUAAAUUCAUUGUUUCACUUCUUAUGUUUUUAUUAAGUUAUAAAUAUUUUUGACUUGAAGAGCUAUUUAUUUAUUUUUAAUAAAAUUUGUUUAUUGAUGUUUUUGGCAUGAAGGGAGAGGCUUGUCACCUACUCCUUUUUAUAGUUUGUAUACACUCUCUUCUUUCUCUCUCAAAACCAAAACAAAUCAUAAAAUUCUAACUCAAUUUUGUUUUUCCUUGAAUUCUUGUCUUGCUUUUUUAACUUCAUAUUUUAUGGACAAAUACAACUGCAAACUUUGCUACAGAAGUUUUAGCAAUGGAAGAGCAUUGGGAGGUCACAUGAGAUCUCACAUGAUGAAUUUGAUUGUUAAUAAACAAGAAGAAAAGUCAUCAAGAACAAUCCAACUUAGUUUUGAAGCUGAAUCAGCACCCUCAUCAACGUCAGAAGAAGACAAUGAUUGCUAUGAAAAGGAUCUUUGUUAUCCAAAGAGAAACAUUCCUCAUAUAAAUCAAGAUUUUACUAUUGAUAAUGAUUCCAUUCUUCCAGAUAGAGAGAGUGAAACGGAAUCGUCAAAGAAUAACCCAACUCGUAAAAGAUCCAAAAGGCUGUGGAAAAUUCGCGGGUUCGAUCCAAACUAUUAUGAUGAAUCUGUAAUGAAAAAAGUGAAGUUUUGUAACAAGACAGAAUCUUCGGUUGUUGAAUAUGAACCCGCUAGUUCCGUUUCAAAUGCAACAACAGAUGAAGAUGUUGCAUUUUGUCUAAUGUUGUUGUCCAGAGACAAAUGGAAUAAAGAGGGAGAUUACAAUGAAGAAGAUGAAAUUGACGAUGAAGUUGACGAAGACCCGGAAGAAGAAGAGGAUGAAGAAGAAGAUAAAAUUGAAAGAUCUUUGGAAGAGAGUGAUGAAUCUCAAGAGCAAAUUAAAGUGAUCAAGAAUAAUAAAUUACGUAAAGGAAGGUACAAAUGUGAAACAUGUAACAAAGUAUUUAAAUCAUAUCAAGCGUUGGGUGGUCAUAGAGCAAGUCACAAGAAGAUUAAAUUAAUGAACAUAAAUGUUGAAGAAUCACCACCUGAAUUUGAAAGUGGAAUAGUGGAAAAGAAAAUUCACGAAUGUCCUGUUUGUUUUCGGGUUUUUUCUUCGGGUCAAGCACUUGGUGGGCACAAAAGAACACAUGUUAUUCAUGGAUCAUCAACAACAACAACAACAGUUCCAAUUUUAAGUUCAACAAAAAUUGGAAAAAGUGUCAUAGAUCUUAAUCUUCCUGCUCCAAUUGAUGAUGAUGAUGUUAGUCAAAUCGAGAAUUCUGCUGUUUCAGAUGCAGAAUUUGUCAAAACCCGUUAGGGAUUGGUGCAUUGGUCACUUUUAUGAUCCAAAGGUAACAUUCUUUUUUUAAUUAUUCUUAAUAAUGUUAUGCAAAUUUUGUUAUACUUAUAUGGUUACUCAAAAUAAUACUUUAUUUAUGUAAUAAUAAUAAUAAUAAUAUAAUAUUUCUUCAAUGAUUCUAUUACUAACUGUAA